AUGGGGGUUGAAGGUGUAAUGGUGACAUACAAUUACUCUGACGAUGGCGAACUUGCAAAUAUCCUGACCGUAGCCGCCUCAGGGAUCAAAUACUCCAAUCGCUGGGUUCUCACACACGGCUCCAUAUUAUCACCACUAAAACAGGCGAAGAUCAUUAAAGAUGCUCGCGGAAAGCCUAUUUUAAGUGACGACUUCUACAACCAGUUACCAGAAAUGUAUGUAACGUGUGAAAAGGAUAGCAAGAUGCCAAAUGUGUAUGAGGGAGUGGAGAAACUGAGCAGAGAACGGAAUUGUGAUGAUUCGGACUUUGAGCAUACAAGCUAUCAAGCCAGGGUCAUGACUGGAAGAAUAUGUCAUGUAUGGCAGUGUCCAGUGUUGGACAGAUGUGUUGAUGACAUCCUUUACAGCUGGACGAUUGGACAUCGGGACGGAGAUGUUGAAAAACAGACUCAGUUGGGCAAAGCUCUGCUCUCAGUCUUCGUUCUUAUCGAUUUGGAGAGUGAUGUCGCAGAUUAUGAACCCGACAGUAAAAACGUAAUACAGGAUGGCUUCUGUCAAUGUCAAGACGAAGAUGGUCUAACCCCAGAAAAUGCAUAA